UUGACUAAGUUCUCAAUUAAUCAUAAAAUAUAUUUAAUAUAUUUUGAUUUCUAUAUUUUAAGGUGACAGUGUAUGUGCCAUGGACCAUAUCCUACCCCUUAUAUUAGAAUAGUAAUUCAGCUGAAGCAAUCUCCAGCAAAACUAAGUCUAGGCUAACAUAGUGUUCUGUUUCAAAUGGAUAUACAUAUGAGGAAUGCUGCUUCGAAAGGAGAUGUUGAGAUGUUAUAUAAAAUCAUAGAUAGAAAUCCUAAUGUAUUGGAUAAUAUUGACAAACAUCCCGUUGUUGAAACUCCUUUGCACGUUGCUGCAAGUGAGGGACAUACCAGUUUUGCUAUAGAGAUCAUGAGGCUGAAGCCAUGUUUCUCCCAGAAGCUAGAUGGCAGAGGGAUGAGCCCCAUGCACCUUGCCUUGGAAAACAACCGGAUCUCGACUGUGCUUCGUCUCCUGGAGACGGAGAAUGGGGAAGACCUCGUCCGCAACAAAGGCAAAGACGGUAUUACUCCUUUGCUUCAUGUGGUGAACCAGGGAGAUCUCCGUCUCUUGGAUAAAUUUCUCUCGGCUUGCCCCACUUCCAUCGUUGAUAUCACCAACCAGGGUGAAACUGCAUUGCACAUCGCUGUGAAAACCCGCAAAAUCGAAGUUUUAGAUUAUUUAUUAGAAUAUCUUCAAAGGUCUUGGAAAAGAGAGGCCCUGAACCAGGAGGAAAGAGUCCUCAACUGGAAGGACGAAAAUGGUUACACCGUAUUGCAUACUGCAGUGGAAUUGAAUCAAUUACAGAUGGUGAACUCGUUACUAAAGACUAACAUCAAUGUGAAUGCGGAAAACCUGAAAGAUUUAACAGUUCUGGACAUGGUUAACAAAUCAGAACCAGUUAAUACAGAGAUGAAAGGCCUCUUGAUUCAAGCAAGAGCUCUAGAAUUUCACUCGAUUCAGAUCAAGGGUACUACAGAUUCCAUGAAUCAACCAAGUACCAAAUCAAAGGUUAGCUGUUUUGGAAACGUGAUAGGAUUAUUGAAAGGGCAGAAAGCAAGUAUCUCAACGGAAUCAAGGGAUGCAUUGCUUGUGGCGGGUGCACUGAUAGCGACAACCACAUUCCAAGCGAUUCUGAGCCCGCCAGGAGGGCUUGGUCAGGGUGAGAACAAUGAAGGGAAGGUGGUGAUGAAAGCUUGGGUAUACAUGAUAUUCAUAAUCUUGAAUGGUACUUCGUUUUGUGUGACAGUCAUAACCAUAUUUCUUCUUCUCCCACACGGCUUCUUUGGUUGGCUAUUGACGGUAUCCUUAGGUCUGCUGUCUGCUGGUUACCUGUUCAGCUCAAUGGUCAUAUCGCCAAACCUGGAAUGUGCUUUGUUUAAUUUGGGUUUAUUCAUACUGUUUGUAGCGUUACUAGUUGUGGGUAUUCUGCUUUCAUCAAAGCGUCAACGGUUCAUCUCCAUCAGAAAAUUCUGCAAAUGCAGCAAGUAGGACCCUCCAUCUGUGGACGGAUCUCUGAGUCCAAUUAUUUGGGUACAAAAAAGAUAUCUCCUCACUUUGUGUGAAGUGCAUCUUCUUUGCAAUUAAACUUUUUCUUUUAAUUUUAUA